AGACACCGUCCGCUCACCCCCGCGAGACGAGGCAUGAUCACACUCGACAAAAGUGGGCUAAGCAAAGACGGGCCUUUCCGUCCGCUGACGUAUGGACAAGCAGCCUCGGGCGGUCGCAGCAGUCAGACGGGUCGUAUCACCGUCAGACAUCGCCAGGGACGUGCACAACGCACCCUCGUGCGCACGGUAGACUUUAUCCGCUCGGCUAGGCUGGAUAUCCCUGCUACCAUUGUUCGAGUGGAGCACGAUCCAUCCCGCACGGGACUGUUAGCCCUGGUGAAGUAUGCCAAGGAGAAGCCAGUCAGUACCACUGUGCGUGCAGACGGCACAGAUAUGGAUGGCUUACCCCCUGGAUUCUGGGGCCAUUUGUACGAUCCAGACGAGUUGGUGGACGAUGUUUUGAACGAUGUCACGCAGAAGCUGACGAGCGAGGAGGAGGAAACACCUGAAGAUCUGACAGACUCCGUCGAUCCCGAGGCAGAGGCUGUUGACGAGACCCCUGCCACUGCGGUGAUCGCCAAAGGCCGCGCGGCUAUAGCCAUUGGUCGUGCUAAGAGUGAAGCUAAGAUGUAUAAGGACUACGCUUACAUCCUGUGUCCACAGGGUGUUGCCCCUGGCAUGAAGCUUGUCUCCUCUCGCUCGACCUCCGUUCCCGUAUUGCCUGGGAAUGCGUGUCUGAUUAAGUACAUGCGCGCAGGCUCUGUGAUUCACAAUGUGGAACUCAAACCUGGGCGAGGGGGGCAGUUAAUCCGAUCGGCUGGCAGCUGGGGUACUAUUCUGGGCAAGGACGAGGAAAAGGGCUUUGCCGUUGUACGCAUCACCAGUAAAACGCAGAUGAGAGUGCGUUUGGACUGCAUGGCUACCUACGGCAAAGUGUCUAAUCCAGAGCAUCAUAACGAGGCCAUUGGCUCAGCUGGACGUAACCGCCGUUUGGGAAGACGCCCCAAGGUGCGCGGUAUUGCCAUGAAUCCCUGCGACCAUCCCCAUGGAGGAAAAGGUACUGGAAAGGUCAACGACAUGACACGCUGGGGCAAACGCGGCAAGGGUUGGAAGACGGUGCGUAAUCUCAAGCGCAAGAAGGGUGGUAUCCAUGGCAACAUCAUCUGGAGACACAUUGCCAACAAGAAACAGGCCGGACAGGUCAAGCAGUAGGCGGGUAGAGAGAUCCGCUUGGCAGGACUAGCUACCACAUGUGCAUAUGAUUAAACUUGUUAGUUGGGGAUUGAUUGGGCGUUGUUUCGGUGACUUUGGAAGGACGGAGGGAACUUAUAGGUAGGUAGGAAUUGGUAUCCAUGGCAACAUUACUUGGAGUCACAUCUCCAACAAGAAUGAGCCGAUUAGAUCAAGCAAUAGGCGAGUGCUGAACGUAGCCGAAUCGGUCGGCGUGUGCAUUAAAUUUAAUUUGAUGACUACAGA